UGCGCAGCUACUCUGUGCAUUGCGGUAGGGCUGGAAGGACCAGAGCCCCAUUCAACCAGCUGCAGCCAUUGCACAUCCCAGCAUCACCCACAUUCAACAGGCGCACCAGGCUGAGCGCAGCCCCCUCCGCCGCCGCAGCUUUGCAGCCUGCCAGCCCAGCGCCAUGGCCAAGGAGGGCGCGGAGAAAGCGGACGAGACGGAGCAGAUGAUCGAGAAGGAGGGAGGCAAGGAAGCUGCGGAGGGCAGCGGCGGCAGCAGCAGCCUGCGGGCAGGGGACACCAAGGAGAUGCGAGCCGUGCUGCUGUCUGGCUUCGGGGGGCUCAACAAGCUCAGGGUGGCCAAGAAAGUCAUGCCGGAGCCUCAGGAAGGGGAGCUCAAAAUCCGAGUCAAAGCCUGUGGUUUAAACUUCAUUGAUCUGAUGGUGCGGCAGGGGAAUAUCGACAAUCCUCCCAAGACGCCACUUGUUCCUGGAUUUGAGUGUUCUGGGAUCAUAGAAGCUCUGGGGGACAAUGUGGCAGGAUUUGAGAUUGGAGACAGAGUAAUGGCUUUCGUAAACUACAACGCAUGGGCUGAAGUAGUAUGUACCCCAGUAGAAUUUGUGUACAAGAUUCCUGAUGACAUGAGUUUUUCUGAAGCUGCUGCCUUUCCUAUGAACUUUGUAACUGCCUACAUGAUGCUCUUUGAAGUGGCCAACCUAAGAGAAGGCAUGUCUGUGCUGGUUCACUCUGCAGGAGGUGGGGUGGGUCAAGCCAUUGCUCAGCUCUGCUCAACGAUCCCUAGUGUUACUGUUUUUGGAACAGCUUCCUCUUUCAAGCAUGAAGCAAUCAAAGAUUCAGUAACUCACCUGUUUGACAGAAAUGCAGACUAUGUCCAAGAAGUAAAGAGAAUCUCAGCAGAAGGAGUAGAUAUCGUUCUGGAUUGUCUGUGUGGCGAAAAUACUGGAAAAGGCCUCAGUCUUCUCAAACCACUUGGGACUUACAUUUUAUAUGGUUCAUCUAAUAUGGUUACUGGGGAAACAAAAAGCUUCUUUAGCUUUGCAAAAUCAUGGUGGCAGGUUGAGAAAGUGAACCCUAUCAAGCUGUAUGAAGAGAAUAAAGUCAUUGCUGGAUUUUCUCUGCUAAAUCUACUGUUCAAACAGGGCCGAAGUGGCCUAAUUAAGGGUAUAAUGGACAAACUCAUAACACUGUACAAUGAGAAGAAGAUCAAGCCUCUGGUUGAUUCGUUAUGGGCUCUGGAAGAGGUGAAGGAGGCCAUGCAGAGAAUCCAUGACAGGGGCAAUAUAGGAAAACUUAUUCUGGAUGUGGAGAAGGCACCCACUCCGCUGAUGGCCAAUGACAGCACAGAGACAAGCGAAGCAGGAGAAGAGGAGGAGGACCAUGAAGGGGACAAUGAGAAUAAAGAGCGCAUGCCAUUCAUCCAGUAACCCUUAGGAACAGGGAAUGGGGGCAAACAGAAAGAUUGAUUGAGGAGAAGGGAACAAGACUGG